AUGACCUGACACGUGACACAUCUGACACGUUACCAGUCGCAACGCCUAGUUCGAACAAAUGGCAUCAUCGUCGGCAGUAAGAAUAACCCAGACCCAAGAAAUCCCUGGCUAUGUGACCAGUAAAGGUCCCGCAGGUUUUAAGGCCGUGUGUAAGACCACUGAAGGAACAUUAGUCACACUCACUCCCAAGAAACGUGAGUUGGGAGACAAUGAAAAAUUGUUUGAAAACACUCCAGAAGCCCUCGAAACGAGGAAAAGCAAAGCAGCAAGUAAAGUCAAGCAGCUAGUGAGGGAAUGCCGAGAGAAUCAGAAUGUGUGCAGUGACGAGUCAUUGAGUCCUCCACCAUUUAAGAAAAAUAAACCACAGGAUGGCAGUAGUGAGAACGAGCCUCUGCCACGUAACAAACGUAAAAAAAAGGCUACAUCGAAAAAAACCAAGGCGGGUACAAAGAACAAAGAAUCUGUGAACUCACAGGACAACAAUGAUGAUCCUGAGACGAGUGACACCAGUGGGAUUGAGUCAGCUACAUCGAAAAAAACCAAGGCGGGUACAAAGAACAAAGAAUCUGUGAACUCACAGGACAACAAUGAUGAUCCUGAGACGAGUGACACCAGUGGGAUUGAGUCAGCUACAUCGAAAAAAACCAAGGCGGGUACAAAGAACAAAGAAUCUGUGAACUCACAGGACAACAAUGAUGAUCCUGAGACGAGUGACACCAGUGGGAUUGAGUCAGCUACAUCGAAAAAAACCAAGGCGGGUACAAAGAACAAAGAAUCCGUGAACUCACAGGACAACAAUGAUGAUCCUGAGACGAGUGACACCAGUGGGAUUGAGUCAGCUACAUCGAAAAAAACUAAGGCGGGUACAAAGAACAAAGAAUCCGUGAACUCACAGGACAAGAAUGAUGAUGAUGCGAUCUCCUCUUCUGGUUUACAUGCACCUGAGACGAGUGACACCAGUAGGAAUGAGUCACUUAAAAGUACUGCAUCAUCGUCGCCAGUAAGAAUAACCCAGACCCAAGAAAUCCCUGGCUAUGUGACCAGUAAAGGUCCCGCAGGUUUUAAGGCCGUGUGUAAGACCACUGAAGGAACAUUAGUCACACUCACUCCCAAGAAACGUGAGUUGGGAGACAAUGAAAAAUUUUUUGAAAACACUCCAGAAGCCCUCGAAACGAGGAAAAGCAAAGCAGCAAGUAAAGUCAAGCAGCUAGUGAGGGAAUGCCGAGAGAAUCAGAAUGUGUGCAGUGACGAGUCAUUGAGUCCUCCACCAUUUAAGAAAAAUAAACCACAGGAUGGCAGUAGUGAGAACGAGCCUCUGCCACGUAACAAACGUAAAAAAAAGGCUACAUCGAAAAAAACCAAGGCGGGUACAAAGAACAAAGAAUCUGUGAACUCACAGGACAACAAUGAUGAUCCUGAGACGAGUGACACCAGUGGGAUUGAGUCAGCUACAUCGAAAAAAACCAAGGCGGGUACAAAGAACAAAGAAUCCGUGAACUCACAGGACAACAAUGAUGAUCCUGAGACGAGUGACACCAGUGGGAUUGAGUCAGUGAGUACUCGUGUGCUAAUUGUACAAGUAUUGUAGACUAGCAUUGUUUUGUGGUGAUAAAUGUGGUAAGCAGGUAAUGAUACAGCUCAUUGGACAUUACAUAUUCAUAUUCUUUCUUCUUCGUCAAAUUUUACUGCAUUGUUGUAUAUCGAAGAGGUUCGGAAGAGUCGAACCACACCGAACAAUGCACAGCAAUUCAAUGAAUGCACAGCUUAAGCAAACAGUACUGUGCGAGAGUUAGAUAUGGUUCGACACAUCAGAACUGUUGCACAGCUUAAGCCAACUGUACCUUGCGAGAGUUCGGUGUGGUUCGACGCUUGCAAACUUUCCAACUGUUGCACAGCUUAAAUCA